AUGGGCAGAGGGAAAAAGAAACCGUUGCUGUCCGUGGCCCAAGUAUUCACCAAGUGCCAGGAGGGCGUCAGCGGGCAUAACAAAUACGCCAAAAUUCUAUGGGACGUCCAGGAGGCAGAGCCUGACAACUGCUGGAAGGAGUUCUGCUUCUGCCUGGAACAUCUGCUGGCCCUGCCAGAGAGCAACACACACGUGGAGCGUGCAGUGCGGUUUGUGGCCACGUUCACGUCCCAGCGCCCAUCUGGACGCCAGGAGGCAGGGGAUGCAUUUGUGGAGGACAUUCUCACGCACCUCAUAUCCCUGGCAGAAGCAGAGGACAAGGGCGUGCGGCUGAGGGUCUGCCAACUCCUCCAGCUCAUCAUCAACAACCAGGCAGGGCCCACCUUCCACCUACACCUUUUUCGAAAAGAGACACAAUCAACACAAAUUGUGCUUACUCUGCUUGGCAUGCCACAGCUGAGUUGUUUGGCGGAUGAGGAGGCUGCGCUGUCGGAGGAUUUAGCAGACAGCCUGUUGGCAACCAUGCUGGCUCGGCUGAGGGACAAGCAGCCUGCCAUCAGGUGCCAGGCUGCCCUGGCGCUUGCCAGGCUGGCAGACCCCGGCAAGGCUGGGGAUUUUGCAGACGAUGCUGUGACGGGUAGCUACUUGAAGCUGCUCUCCAUCGAGAAGAACAAGGAUGUGCGCAAGGCAGUGCUACACUCGCUGUCGGCUGCAAGGUGCAGCCUUCCGGAGAUCCUGAACAGGACGCGUGACAUCAGCGAUGAGGUGAGGAAGAUGGCCUAUGCCGCGAUCAGGGACAGGGUCCCUCUCGAGUUCCUCAGUUUGGAGCAGAGGGCAUGCCUGAUCAGGCGCGGCCUGGGGGAGAGGAAAGCCGCGGUCAGGGACUGCGCGGUGGCGCUGAUGUGUCACUGGCUGAAUGUUGACGCGUCUGGCAGUGUUCCCUCCCUGCUGCGCCUCCUGGACGUCCACAAGGCAGAAGAGGAGGCCGAGCAAGUGUUGCUGGCGCUCAUAGCAUGCGGCAGGCUGCAGCCGGCAGCGCUGAGCGAGGAGGCGACGGAAGGGGACGCUGGCCUGAGACGCGCCCCCGGCUCCGGCUGCAUGUCCGAUGAGCUGGCGCUGAUGUGGCGCGUCAUCUGCACCUGGCUGCAGGAUGAGGGGUCCGCCAAGGGGCGUGCGGCGGCCGCCGCUAGCGGGGCGGUGGCAGAUGUGGAGGCGGCCCGAGCAUCCGAUGCGCUCGAGGCGCUUGAGGCGACUCUCCCGGCAGCUGCCGAGCACCUGAUGGCGCUGGUUGCCGAGCAUGCGGCGGCCGGGGCAGGCUCCGGCUUUGCCGCGCGGCAACUGCUGGCAAUCGCUGCCUGCUGUGUCGACCUUUCCGACGCUGCCGCACGCAAAGCCGCUUCUGAGCUGGUGCAGAGCAUUCUGGGAGACCGGGAGGCGGCCCCCGCCCAGGACAGGGCAAUGGCGGCGGCAGUUAUGCGGCUGGCUGGCCAGGUGGCAGGAUCCCCCAGCGAGCUGGCAGCGCUCACCUUGGAUGCCAUCGCCGACUGCCUGCACCUGCAGGAAGCUUCCCUCAAUGCCGCCGGCCCAGAAGAGGGCGCAGAUGAUGAGGGCUGCUGGCUGCACUGCCUCAACCUGGCCUCGGUCCUGCUGGAGGACACCCCUCUGAAGAUGCAGCGGCCUGUGGCCACGAACAAUGUGCUGACAUGUCUCGCUGACAUCAGCCGCCACCUCGUCAUGCCCGGCAUGGAGAUGGGCUCUGCUGUCAGGGCGGAGGCCGUGCGCUGCGCUGGGCUGCUGUGCAUGCUGGGCGACAGCUUCCAGGCGGAUGCCUCCGGCUUCGCCCAGCGCAUCGCCCUCCUGCGCACCGCUCUGCUCACCGAUCUGCGCCCCCGGGUGUGUGAGGCCGCCGCUCGAGCGCUCUGUGACUUGGCAGUCCUCAGGGGUCCCAGAGCCCUGGAUCAGAGGUACAUGCCUUUGUUGGACCAUCCCAGUGACACGGAUCAGAAUCCAGCCGCCAUAGAGGAGGCCUCGUUGCCAGUUCUGGACGUGCUGCUCGGCCGCCUGACAGCUGUCGGCGGCGGGAUGACUCGCGCCGACAACGAUGACUACGCGGUAGUCACCGCCGUGGCGGAAGGCCUCGCGAAGCUGCUGCUGCACCAGCAGCUGCCCGGAAGCCAGACUGCCCCUCUCGAGGACGCAGAAACACACAAGGUGUUGGCGCAGUUGCUGGUGCUGGCAUGUGACCCCGGGCUGGCGGCAGCCGCGCGCAUGCAGCAGUGCCUCACCGUCUUCUUCCACGCCUACGCGCCGCUGUCAGCCGCCGCCCAGGAACGCCUCUGCGCAGCCGCCCUGCCGGCUGGCCGCCGCGCCCUGGCCGCCGGGCCGGCCCCCGCCAGAAGCGCCGCGCCGCAGCUGCUGCGCUACGUGCUCAGCCUGCUGCAGAUGGACAUCAAGGGCGAAGAGUCAGCGGAGGGAGCGGUGCAGUCCAGCAACGGCCACGUGAGACUGACAGAGGCCGCCCUGAAGGAGGCUCUGGCCUGCCCGGCCGGGCAGGCAUCCAAGCCCUACAUCGCCGCCCUCCUUAAGCUGGCAAACGGCCUUUCUCUCAAGGGGGCCUCCCAGGAGGAUGUGAAGCGGGUCAGGGCGCUGGCACAGAGGGCUGCGGAAAAUGUGAAGGACCGCAAUGCAGCGAAGGAUGCUGCAGCGCUCGCGCGACGCCUCUCUGACAUGGACAGCAUGCCCAACGAGGGCCUGAGUGAGGAAGCACUGCAAGCAUUACUGGCCUCUGUCGAGGAGAUGACUGCGGCGACCGAGGCGCUCUUCGAGUCGGCUGCGCCGCCGUCGCCGCGUGCCGGCCGGCCGGCCCGUGGCCGCGGCCCCGCCAAGCCGGCUGGUCGCCGCCGCCGCGUCGCAGCCGCCAGCUCUGAGAGCGAAGAUGAGGAGAGCAGCACCAGCUCGGAGGAAGCAGGCACAGGGUCCGAGACAGAAAGUGCAGAGCCAGCGCUUGCAGCCAGCAACACUGCUGCCCCUGUGGCACCGUCGGCAGUACACAAGGGCAAGCAGGCCACCAAGGCGCAGCUGAGGCUGACCAGGAGAAUGCAGCGGGAGAACGUGGCACCCAUUGAAUCCUGA